AUGGUGCAGAAAGCGAGGGUCCUGUGCCAGGCAGCGCCUCUGGCAGCGCUGGGGACCCCGCAGAGCCGCUUCCCACCCGCGCCGUGGCGUGCAGACCCCCGCCGGGAGCUGGCCGGCAGCGGGAGGGAGGUUCCCUCUCCUCAGCCCCUUCCCGGCCUCCUGCCCGGGCGUUCUUCGGACUCUGAAACCUCGAUUGGAUCACUCAAAAAUCACUACCUAUUCAGACGUAAAAGCCAUCCAAGGCGGUCUCGAAGAAGUGCCAUUCAUAUCACUAAAAGACUUUCUGAUGAUGAGCGGGUGUCAUGGGCAGAGCAACAAUAUGAAAAAAAGCGAACUAAGCGUGCCACUGUGAGAGACUCAGCAGAAAAUCUUUUCAAUGAUCCUAUGUGGAAUCAGCAGUGGUAUCUGCAAGAUACAAGAAUAACUCCAUCCCUGCCCAAACUGGAUCUCCAUGUUAUUCCUGUAUGGCAAAAAGGGAUUACAGGCAAGGGUGUUGUCAUCACAGUACUAGAUGAUGGCUUGGAGUGGAAUCACACUGACAUCUAUGCUAACUAUGAUCCUCAGGCAAGUUAUGAUUUCAAUGACAACGAUCACGAUCCCUUUCCUAGAUAUGACCCAACAAAUGAAAACAAGCAUGGGACACGGUGUGCAGGAGAAAUUGCCAUGCAAGCCAACAACAGAAAAUGUGGAGUUGGAGUAGCUUACAAUUCCAAAGUUGGAGGUAUACGUAUGCUGGAUGGAAUAGUCACCGAUGCUAUUGAAGCCAGCUCAAUUGGUUUCAAUCCAGAACAUGUGGAUAUUUACAGUGCAAGCUGGGGCCCUAAUGAUGAUGGUAAAACUGUGGAGGGACCCGGGAGACUGGCACAGAAGGCUUUUGAGUAUGGGAUUAAACAGGGCCGAAAUGGGAAAGGCUCCAUUUUCGUAUGGGCUUCUGGGAACGGAGGCCGUCAGGGUGACAACUGUGACUGUGAUGGUUACACUGAUAGUAUCUACACUAUCUCCAUUAGCAGUGCUUCUCAGCAAGGCCUUUCUCCCUGGUAUGCAGAGAAGUGCUCUUCAACUCUGGCCACAGCAUACAGCAGUGGGGAUUAUACUGACCAAAGAAUUGUAGGUUGUUUUUACCAGAUUCAGAACAAACAUAGAAAUGUAUUAUAUGUGCAAAUAACAAGUGAGAGCUCUUAAAUGCUUGCAGGAAUUUUUGCUCUAGCGCUGGAAGCAAACCCAAAUCUAACAUGGAGGGAUAUGCAGCACUUGGUAGUGUGGACGUCAGAAUAUGAUCCACUGGCUGGAAAUCCAGGAUGGAAAAAGAAUGGAGCGGGACUGAUGGUCAACAGCCGAUUUGGGUUUGGACUACUCAAUGCCAAUGCGUUGGUAGAUUUAGCUGAUCCCAAAAGAUGGAAAGGUGUACCAGAAAAGAGAGAAUGUAUCGUUAAAGACAAAAGCUUUGAACCAAGAUUAUUAAGAGCAAAUGAGGAAGUCAUCAUUGAAAUUCCCACAAAAGCCUGCGAGGGCCAAGAAAACUCCAUUGCAUCUCUCGAGCAUGUGCAGCUUGAGGCAACAAUUGAGUAUUCCCGUAGAGGUGAUCUUCACGUCACUCUGGUAUCUCCAUCAGGGACCACCACUGUCUUACUGGCUGAGAGAGAGAGAGAUAAAUCUCCCAAUGGCUUUAAGAACUGGGACUUCAUGUCUGUUCACACAUGGGGAGAGAAUCCAACAGGCACCUGGGUUUUAAGAAUAACUGAUGUGUCCAGAAGAAUACAAAAUGAAGGAAGGAUUGUAAAUUGGAAAUUGAUUUUGCAUGGCACUGCUACCCAGCCUGAACAUAUGAAGCAGCCACGUGUAUACACAUCCUACAAUGCUGUGCAAAAUGACAGAAGAGGAGUGGAGAAGAUGACGGACUUUGUAGAGGACCAUACCACACAGGAGAACCUGAGUGAAAAACCCAAAGUCACAGAAGAUACCAGUAGUAGCAGUGACAAAGCAGAAGAUAAAAUCCCAUCAGAGGCUAUGCUACAUUUACUGCAAAGUGCUUUUAGCAGACAGAUGUCUCAGAAGCGAUUGCCAAAGAAGACUGCAAGUGAGAAGUUAAAUAUUCCAUAUGAACACUUCUAUCAAGCCCUCGAAAAAUUAAACAAGCACUCCCAGUUGAGAGACUCAGAAGAAAGUCUCUACAGUGACUACGUUGAUCUUUUUUACAAUGCCAAACCAUACAAGCAUAGAGAUGAUAGACUGCUGCAAGCCUUGGUUGAUAUUAUAAAUGAAGGAAACUAAACUAUAGAUUAUGGCACUGAGUUGGAAAUAUUCAUUCUCCCCACCCCACCUGUAGUUUUUUUUCUGAAGUCUGUUGUACGCUCUA